CCUGGGCAGCUGCCCGGAGUCCCCAGAUCAGAGCCGCGGGAGCCCCGGGUCACCGGGGAGAGGGAAGGGGAAGGCUGACGGGCUGCCUGCCAGGACUGUGGGCCCUGGCACGAGCUCCUGAAGCCCCACUCAGCGCCACCACUCCCACCUCAUCCGUCACGACGGCCGCCGGGACCGUCACCCAUCAGAAACCCACCUGUCCCCUUGGCUGCAAGUGGGGGGUCCAUCAGGGCCCGAGAUGGCAACUUUAUGGAGGGCCCGUUCCAAGAGAAAGUCCCUCAACAGGAGCUCUGUGAGGUCACGGGUGCUGGGCAAGUCAGCCAAGGCGUAUGGCACACUGCGCAAGGGCUCUGUCUGUCUGGACCCCAGGCCGCAACAGGUGAAGAAGAUCUGUGAAGCGCUAAAGAGAGGCCUCAGGGAGCACCUGUGCGAACAGCAGGCUGAGCUGGACUACCUGUGUGGACGCCACACAGACACCCGGAGGGGCUCCAGGCUGGCGUUCUAUUACGACCUGGACAAGAAGCAAACCCGCUCUGUGGAAAGGCAAAUCCGGAAGAUGGAGUUCCACAUCAGCAAGGUGGACGAGCUCUACGAAGGCUACUGUAUCCAGUGGCGCCUGCGGGAUGGUGCCUCCAACAUGCAGCGAGCCUUUGUGGGGGGCCCGCAGAGCCGCGCCUCGCGGGAGAGCCUGCAGGAGCUGGGCCGCAGCCUGCACACAUGCACCGAGGACAUGUGGCUCAUCGAGGGGGCUCUGGAGCUUCACCUGGGGGAGUUCCACGUCAGAAUGAAAGGCUUGGUGGGCUAUGCACGCCUCUGUCCCGGAGAUCAGUAUGAGGUGCUCAUGAGGCUGGGCCGCCAGCGCUGGAAGCUGAAGGGCCGGAUUGAGUCAGACGACAGUCAGACUUGGGACGAAGAGGAGAAGGCCUUCGUCCCCACGCUCCAUGAGAACUUGGAGAUCAAGGUGACCGAGACGCGUGGCUUGAGCUCGCUCGUGGUGGGCACGGUGACAUGUGACAUCGCCGACUUCUUUGCUGCACGGCCACAAGUCGUGGUGGUGGACAUCACCGAGUUGGGCACCAUUAAGCUGCAGUUGGAGGUGCUGUGGAACCCUCUGGACUCCGAGAGCUUGCUGGUGUCGCCGAGCCCCGCUGGCAGGUUUUCUGUGGGCAGCAGGAAGGGUUCCCUGCACACCUGGACUCCUCCAAGCACCCCCAGCUUCCGGGAGAGAUACUACCUGUCUGUCCUACAGCGGCCAGCUCGGCAGGCCUUGCUGCUCCAUGGGCCAAGGGCCACCUCUGUCCUCAGCUACCUGUCUGACAACGGACUUGAGGGCUCCAGCCUGCGGAGCCGGAGUCAGGAGCUGCUGGAGAUGGACUCCUUCAGUUCCGAGGACCCCCGAGACCCUGAGACGAGCACGUCGGCAUCCGCCUCGGACGUGGGCUUCCUUGCCCUGGCCACAGGCCCCUCAGCGGGCACGGAAGAGGAGACCCGGGAGGAACCCCCACCCCCGGGCUUGCUGCCAGCCCUGACUCAUCCGACCAGGGGCGCACCUGUGGAGCGACCCGGCUGGAGGGGCUUCGGAGGAGAGAGCCAAGCUGUGCCAUGGGACUCCCCGUUCCAGAACCACAGGGUCCCGCCAAGCCCAAAAGGCCAGGAAGAAGAAAAUACAGGGGACGGAGUGGAAGGGCCCCUGCAGGAGGUCCUGGAGCUGCUGCGAGCCACGGACUCCACCCAGCCCCAACUCCGGGAGCUGGAGUACCAGGUCCUCGGCCUCAGGGACCGGCUGAAGCCCCGUGGGGCGCAGCAGGAGCCCGUGUCAGCACAGAGCCUGAUGGACUGCAUCCUAGAGAGCUUUGCCUUCCUGAAUGCUGAUCUCGCCAGUGAUGAGCUAUAUCUGUUUGGGGGAUCUCAGGCUCCAGGGAAGGACAGCCCUCCAGCCCCUCAGCCAUCACUGAAGGCAUCUCCCAGCGAGCUCACAGCCGGUGGCCUGGAGCUGGACCAGCUCCUUAUGGUACACCUCCAAGUCUGCAAGGCCCUGCUGCAGAAACUGGCCUCCCCUAACGUGUCGGCGAUGGUGCGGAGCGCCCUCCUGGAAGAAGUGGCCCAACAGAAGCGGGUUCUGGAGGUGAUUUCUGACCUUGACUCCGAGAAGGUCAGCAGGGCGACCUCCGUGGAAGACAUCAUCCCGCAGGCCGUGCACAGGAAAAGUGGGCUGGCGCUAUGGCGAGGCUGCACGCAGCCUGGCAGGGUCCUGGCCUGCCCUGGCACCACGCUCCUGAGUCAGCUCAAGAGGAUGUUUCUGCAUCGUGUCCGUGGGAAGUACCCUGGCCAGCUGGAAAUAGUGUGCCGCAGGCUCCUGGAGCAGGUGGUGAGCUGCUGCGGGCUCCUACCCUGGGCAGGGCUCCCGGAGGAGCUGAGGGUCACCUGGUUCCAGCUGCACAGCUAUUUGCAGCGGCAGGGCGUCGCCGACCUGGAGAAACACCUGUCCCAGCUCACCAAGGAAGUUACUCUCAUUGAGGAGCUGCGCUGCUCAGCACAGGCCAAGGCCCUGAGGAAGCUGCAGGGGAAACGGCUGGGUCAGCUCCAGCCCCUGCCGCAGACCCUGCACGCCUGGGCGCUGCUGCAGCUGGACGGGCCCCCGAGAGUGAGCCGGGCGGCCAGUGCUCGCCUGGCCAGCGCGGCCGGGAACAGGCGGUUCCGGGAAAAGGCUCUGCUCUUCUACACCGACGCCUUGAGUGCGAACGAUGCCAAACUGCAGCAGGCUGCGUGUAUGGCGCUGCAGCAGCUCGGGGGCAUCGAGAGCAUCGACCAGAUUGCGAGCCUGUGCCAGUCUGACCUGGAGGCCGUGCGAGCGGCAGCAAGGGAAGCCACGCUGUCAUUUGGUGAAAAAGGACGGCUGGCUUUCGAGAAGAUGGACAGACUCUGCUCGCAACAAAAGGAUGUCUUUUGCCCGGAGGCAGAUGUUGAAAUCACAGUGUUUUAACAAGGUUCAGUGGGUGAGCUCAAAUCUCGUGUUUUUACCACUGCUGCCCAGUCUCCACUGUACCCAAGCCUUGGGUGGGCACUCUGGACAGAGCACCUGCCUGAGGCAUGGACCACUGACAUUGCCCAGGGCACAGUGGCACUUCCGGGGCUGCCCGGCCUCCACUGAGCACUGCGUUUGCAUCUGGGACUCUGGCCUUCCCAGGGAGCGGCGCCAAGGCAAGCAUCAACCACGUACAGUGGGGACCAGGACAGCCAUGUUGGGGGCCUGUGCACAGGUUCCAACGUGGACGAGUGUGUGGCGAGUGAGUGCCCUGAACACUGGCUGGCAGGCCAGCCGGCAGGGGUGGGAGGAAAAGUCUACAGUGGCUCGAGACUUUUCAACAGCACCAGCUGUCACCUUGGGGAGCUGGGGACCGUGGGAGAGUUGAAGGCAGAGUUUCUACACCCUAUGUCCUUGGCCCAAAUGCCAGUGGUCAGCCAGACAGCAGCCGGCUGGCCACGGACCUUCUUUCCCGUGUCCCCAGUGUAACAGUGCUCAAUGGACGCGAAGUGGUCCUGGCAGGAACGCCAUGUGCUGUGUCCGUGCACAUCAGACCCAACAAUCUAACAUCAGGCCUGUCAGCUCAGGUGCCCCUGAAGCGGGCGCUGGGUGGAGGGAGGGUGUGGUCGUCACCCGGGAGCACGAUGCGUUUCUCAUUCAGGUGUCCUGAGAAUCUGAGGAUCUGCUGUGAAUGGCACUGCUAAAUGUUCCCAUUUGGACUUCCUGUGGACACUUUGUGCUUUCCUGAUUCAACUUGUAUUUAUUUAAGUUGUACUCGUGUCUAUUUUCUAAAAUUUGCAAUUAAAGUCUUUUAAUGACUGCUCUUUAA